UAAGGAUUACGAGCAGAAGCCAAGGAUAUCUCCGUGUGGAUUUUUCUGGGACGGCAACCCUAAUUUAUCUCUCGAUAAGGAUAAAGAGUCAUCCAGCGAUAGUGAAGAUGAAGUAGAGGAAAAACCAAAACUGAGAAAUAAGAAAUUAAGUGCUGCUGAACGUCGAGAACAAGAAAGACAGAAGGAAGGCGAAAUUCGCCAAAGAGAAGAAGCGCUGGCCAACAACCAGUUACCAAAUUCUGUGGAUCAGUUCGACAGAUUAGUUUUAGCUAGUCCAGACAGUUCAAUAAUAUGGUUACAGUAUAUGGCAUACCAUUUAUAGGCAACAGAAAUAGAGAAAGCAAGAGCAGUUGCGAGAAGAGCGGUAAAAACAAUUAAUUUCAGGGAAGAGAAGGAAAAAUUAAACGUUUGGACGGCUUGGUUAAAUUUAGAAUCUAAAUUUGGAAUUCCUGAAUCGUUAAAUGAUGUUUUUCGAGAGGCAGUGACGUCUAACGACCCACUAAAAAUCUACAGUCACAUGUUGACUGUUCAUGUCGAGGCUGGCAGGCAGAUGGAAUUGGAGAAAACAAUUAAUACCAUGAUCGCGAAGUUUAAACAUAUUCCCGAGACAUGGUUUAAUUGUGGAGAAGGAUUAUUAAAAAUAGGUUUGAAGGACAGAUCGCGGCAUAUUAUGCAGAGAGUAUUGCAAUCUUUGCCAGCAUGUGAACAUGUAAAUCUAAUGGCUCGGUUUGCAAUUAUGGAGAACAAAUUUGGGGAUAAAGAGAGAGCACAAACUCUGUUUGAGCAAAUUCUAAGUUCUUAUCCAAAACGGGUGAAUAUAUGGUCUUGUUAUAUUGAUUCCCUAGUGAAAUCUAAUGAUAUUGAUAUGGCAAGGAAAGUUCUAGAGAGAGCAAUUGUUCAGACAUUACCGCCUAGAAAGAUGAAGAUUCUCUUUAAAAAAUUCAUCAAUUUUGAGGAACAACAUGGUACUCGGGAAGACGUGACUCGUGUUCAACAAAUGGCUGUAGAAUUUGUAGAGAAGCAGUGUACAAAAUGACCAAAAAUAAUAAAACAUUUUUACAUGUAUUUCAUUA